CCCUCGGACCGCGACCCAGAGGGGUUUCAGGGUUCCCACGGCUCUCCGGAACCCUACCCAAUUCCUCCAUCUUCCCGUCCCUUACGAUUAUAUUCAUCUUCUCCUUCUCCGUCUCGUUUUCUACUUCCCAAUUCCUCCAUCUUCCCCUCCCUUUUGAUUAUAUUCAUCUUCUCCUUCUCCGUCUCGUUUUCUACUUCCGGUUGGUGCCCUUUUCUCGGUUGGAUUCGUGGGAUCUGGAGGUCUUUGCAGCCUAUUUGAAUCAUGAGGAGGUGGCUUGAUGAGGUGGCUCAACUCUGUUAUUUUAUUUAUCUUUGGAGCUCAGUUGAUAUGAUUUCUGGGGGGCUGGGAAGCGGAGAUCUAGAAGCGUGGUUUCAGAACCUCAUGUUGUCUUCUGGUGGGGAAAAGUCAGAGGGGAAGGGAGCUGCUAUGGCUGGUUGGAAGGAUCUUCCCAUGGAGUUGUUGCUGAGGAUUAUUUCACUUUUGGAUGAUCGGAUGGUGAUUGUGGCUUCUGCUGUGUGUACUGGUUGGAGAGAUUCUCUGUGCUUGGGGCUUACAAAUCUCUCUCUGUCAUGGUGCAAAAACAACAUGAACAGCCUUGUGCAGUCACUAGUCCCCAAAUUUACAAAGCUGCAGGUUCUUACUCUGCGACAGGAUAGACCUCAACUUGAGGAUAUUGCUGUAGAGACUGUUGCUAAUUACUGCCAUGAUUUGCGGGAUUUAGACCUUAGCAAAAGCUUUAGACUAACUGAUCGCUCCUUGCAUGCUUUAGCCCAUGGAUGUCCACGUCUUACAAAACUCAAUAUCAGUGGGUGCUCUGCUUUCAGUGAUUCUGCCCUUGCAUAUCUGACUGAUUACUGUAGGAACUUGAAAAACUUAAAUCUUUGUGGAUGUGUGAGAGCUGCAACUGAUAGUGCUUUGCAGGCUAUUGCAUAUAAUUGCGGUCAGUUGCAGACUUUGAUUCUGGGUUGGUGUGAGGGUGUCAGUGAUAAUGGAGUAACCAGUUUGGCAGUAGGAUGCCCUGAUCUCAGGGCCUUGGACUUAUGUGGCUGUGUCCUUAUUACAGAUGAAAGUGUAAUUGCCUUAGCAAAUGGUUGUCCUCGACUGAGAUCCUUGGGCUUGUAUUAUUGCAAGAACAUCACUGACAGGGCUAUGUAUUCACUAGCAAAUAGUCGUGUGAAGAGCAAGCAUGGACUGUGGGGUUCUAUGCAAAACAACAGUGAUGAGAAGGAAGGGCUUAUGAAUCUAAACAUUAGUCAGUGUACAGCAUUGACGCCUCCUGCUGUUCAGGCUGUUUGUGACUCAUUCCCUGCCCUCCAUACCUGCCCUGAAAGACAUUCGCUUAUCAUCAGUGGGUGCCUCAACCUCACAUCUGUGCACUGUGCUUGUGCCGUCCAAGCUCAACGGGUGAGUAGGGUGGCUCCAUAUCCUCAUGCUUACUGAGCUGGUUUGACUUGAAAUGACUUGGAAAUGAUUCAAGGUUUGAUCUUGAAAAUCCACUUGUAUAUAUAUAUAUGUUAAUAUAGUGUAUCAGAACUGUUCUUAACUAGAAAUUUUAGAAUUCUAGACUCUGCAAUGAAUCGGAACUGCUUUGCAUAUCCUAUGUUAUUUCUGAACCA